UUUUCAAUUAAACAAAACCAUAAAAUAUUAAUCUAAUCCAAACUCCACCCACCCUUACCUAUUCUUAUUCACUUUAUAUUAUAUUAAAUUAUACCAUAUACAUUUCAUAUCAUCCUCUUGAAUAUUUCUACUUUAUUAUUCAUAGUGUCCAAACAAAUACAAGAACUUUGCUUUACAAAAAGUAUACAGAUUUUUGGUUCACUCUGUAAGAAGAAGCUAAAAAAGUAACCUUUGCCCAGAACCACAAAAACCCAGUUCAGAGAAAAUUCAAGAACUGAGAUUUUUCUAUAUUUUCCACAUUUUUUAAUUCUCAUUGUUCUUAAUUCUCAAAAGGGUGUCUUCAAGAUUGGUAAAGUUUCAAUUUUUUCACCUCAGUGGGUGGUAAAGUUUCAAUCUUUACAUCAUUUUUGUAUAAUGUGGAGGAGUCUGAUCGGAGAAACGCCGUCCACGGCGGCGAUUUGAUGGGUCCGAGGUUGUUGUUAGCAGAGUUGUGUUUUGUUAAACGCAGCGUUUCAUGGAGUUGAAGAUUUGGUGUAGUAGUAGUAGUAGUAGUAGUAGUAGUAGUAGUAGUAGUAGUAGUAGUAGUAGUACUUUAAGUGUUCAUUCAAAAUCCAGCUCUUCAGCUAAGCUUCGAUUUGCUAUAUUUUUCCCUCAGGUUCUAUUGCUACUAGUGUGUUUAGAGACCAGUUUAGCAACUUUGCCGGACCAUGAAUUGUUGAGACAAGAAGAUAAGAGUACCAUAUCCCAUUCUUGCAUCCAUGAUCAGAUAAUUGAACAAAGAAAAAGACCUGGUUUGCAAGUGUAUUCCAUCACCCCGCAGGUGUAUGAGGAGUCUGUGGUUUCAAAUCUGCCUCACCGUAGAGGAAGGGCAUUGCUUGAAAUUCCCAAAGAACAAAAUGAUGUCAUGCAACCCAUUAGAAUCUUUUUGAAUUAUGAUGCUGUUGGUCAUUCAUGUGAGAGAGACUGUCAAAAAGUCGGGGACAUUGUGAAGCUUGGGGAGCCACCAGGUGCUUCUUUUUCUGGUACAUCUUCUUGUAAUCCACAUGGGGAUCCUCCAGUUUAUGGUGAUUGCUGGUAUAACUGCACUUCAGAUGAUAUAGCUGGGGAGGACAAAAGGCAUCGGCUUCGCAAGGCGCUUGAGCAGACAGCAGACUGGUUUAGAAGAGCAUUAGCUGUUGAACCAGUCAGGGGAAACCUGCGGUUAAGUGGAUAUUCUGCUUGUGGACAAGAUGGAGGUGUACAACUCCCAAGGAAAUACGUUGAAGAGGGUGUUGCAAAUGCGGAUUUGGUUCUUUUGGUGACUACAAGGCCAACAACAGGCAACACUCUUGCGUGGGCUGUAGCAUGUGAGCGUGAUCAAUGGGGUCGUGCUGUUGCUGGGCAUGUCAAUGUUGCUCCUCGCCAUUUAACUGCUGAAGCAGAAACUUUACUUCAAGCUACUUUGAUACAUGAGGUGAUGCAUGUUCUUGGAUUUGAUCCUCAUGCCUUUUCUCAUUUCCGUGAUGAGAGGAAACGUAGACGUAAUCAGGUUACUGAACAUGCAAUGGAUGAAAAGCUUGGACGAAUGGUAACUCGAGUGGUGCUUCCUCGAGUUAUCAUGCAUGCUCGCUAUCACUAUGGGGCAUUCUCCCAGAAUUUCACUGGACUGGAACUAGAAGAUGGAGGUGGACGUGGUACAUCAGGUUCUCACUGGGAGAAAAGGCUAUUGAUGAAUGAGAUCAUGACCGGGUCGGUGGAUACAAGAUCAGUGGUUUCAAAAAUGACUCUUGCUUUACUUGAGGACAGUGGAUGGUACCGCGCUAAUUAUAGCAUGGCUGACCGUCUUGAUUGGGGUCGCAACCAAGGAUCUGAAUUUGUUACCUCUCCCUGCAAUCACUGGAACGGAGCCUAUCAUUGUAACACUACCCAGUUAUCUGGAUGUACAUAUAAUAGGGAGGCAGAAGGUUAUUGUCCACUUGUAAAUUAUAGUGGGGAUCUUCCUCAAUGGGCUCGUUAUUUUCCACAGGCUAACAGAGGUGGUCAGUCAUCGUUGGCCGAUUAUUGCACUUAUUUUGUUGCUUACUCUGAUGGAUCAUGCACAGACACCAAUGGUGCUCGUGCACCUGACAGAAUGUUAGGUGAAGUGAGGGGAAGUAGUUCAAGGUGCAUGGCUUCGUCUUUAGUGCGUACUGGAUUUGUACGUGGCUCUAUGACCCAAGGCAAUGGUUGUUAUCAGCAUAGGUGCUCAAACAAUUCGUUAGAGGUUGCUGUAGACGGCAUUUGGAAAGUUUGUCCUAAAGCUGGUGGACCUAUCCAGUUUCCUGCCUUUAAUGGUGAGCUAAUCUGCCCGGCAUACCAUGAACUCUGUGAUGUGGAUCCAGUUUCUUUGUCUAGUCAUUGUCCCAAUUCAUGCAAUUUCAAUGGAGAUUGCUUAGGUGGAAAAUGUCAAUGCUUUAUUGGGUUUGGUGGUCAGGAUUGUAGCAAACGCUCCUGUCCUGGGAAUUGUAGCGGACGUGGCAAAUGUCUUGGGAGUGGUGUUUGUGAAUGUCAAAAUGGGUAUACGGGCAUCGACUGUUCCACAGCUGUUUGUGACGAGCAGUGCAGCCUUCAUGGUGGGGUCUGUGACAAUGGAGUCUGUGAGUUCCGUUGUUCUGACUAUGCUGGUUACACGUGCCAAAAUAGCUCCACACUUCUUCCCAGUCUCUCUGUUUGCAAAGACGUGCUUCAAAAUGAUGUAUCGGGACAACACUGUGCACCUAGCGAGUUAAGUAUCUUGCAGCAGCUGGAAGAAGUAGUGGUGAUGCCCAACUACAAUCGAUUGUUCCCAGCUGGUCCUCGAAAAAUUUUGAACAUUUUUAGGGGUAGAGAUUGUGAUGGAGCUGCUAAACGACUAGCCUGCUGGAUCUCAAUCCAAAAAUGUGACAAUGAUGGUGACAACCGGCUACGAGUGUGUCAUUCGGCUUGCCAAUCAUAUAAUGUGGCAUGUGGAGCAUCUCUCGAUUGCUCGGACCAGACACUUUUUAGCAGUGAACACGAGGGUAAAGGUCUUUGCACAGGUUGGGGCGAAUUGGACGCUUGGUUUUAGAGGGCACUAUUCAGGCAAAAAUUGGUUUUAGAAAAUGAAUUUGGUGUAAAUUGUAGGGUAGUUAGUUUUUUUUUUCUUUUUCUUUUUAAUUGGCUUGUAAUGUGUUGUAAGCUUUUUUCUCGGGUAGGAAAAUGUGUGCGCGAAGCGCUCAUAGGUUAGUGUUUUUUUUUUGGUUUUUAGUUCCCAGCCCAAAUAUCAUUUGGUAAAAGAUUUGGGUGGGAAAUUAAUUUGAGAUUUUGGCUUUCAAAAAUGAAAGUCUCAGAUGUAGAGAAAUUGUACAAGGACAAGGAUAAUAGAAAAAAAAAGAGGAGGAAAAAUGAAUUGGCCCAAGGCCUUUGCAUCAA